CGGUUGCUAUGGGAAGGGUCAGCGGGUAGGAAGCAGGACUGUGCGAAACUGUGGGCAGAGUGGUCGGGACAGUGGCGAUGUGACAGAACUGACCACUCUAUGUUGAUCUGCUGAAGAGAUUACUACCUAUCAGGAAAAUGCAACAAGUGCCAGUGUUACAGUCCACGGUGGCUCCAGUUGAAGGGAGGCUACAUCGUAAUGUGCCAAGCCUGCCAGCGAUCAAGCCUGACAGGCUGAAAACAGCCAAAACACUGGUAGAGAAGGCAGUGAAGCUGAGGAAGGUGUUUUCAGUGCAGGGGCCCUACCCAGUGAUCCGUGCUGCCCUAUGGGCCAGAGGGUGGGUUGAACGCCGUUUGCCUAUUCCUACCCAGAGAGCACCUCAUUGCCAUGGCAAUGAAGAGGAAGAUAGCGGCGAUGGUGAUGUCAGUGUUCAUGUUACUGAGAGAGUGGAUGAAGGCGAGAAAGACGAGACCCUCGAUGACAUGUACGGCCUCAUGUCUCGCAUGGUUCGAAAUGAAACAAUUUAUUUCCACUGGACAACACGCCGGGAUUACAUCGACUGUCGAUCCCUACGGAAUGACCAAAUGAUCAACCACUAUGCAAAUUCUGGGACAUUUACUACCAAGGUGGGGCUCUGUGUGAACCUGCGUAACCUUCAGUGGUUUGAUACAGCUGAUCCCGACACCUUCUUCCCAAGGUGCUACAGGCUUGGGGCAGAGGAUGAACAACACGCAUUCAUAGAGGAUUUCAGGAGAACAGCAUGCACCAGUCUGCUGCAGCAUGUAGUUGAGACAAGUAGAAGGACGAGAGACCAAGCAGAGGAGUUGGAUAAUGGGGAUCUUCAAGUUGUUGGUCCAGGAAUGGUUGACAUGGCUUUGCACGUGUGUCAAGAGUUUCUCAGUGUUUUGGAGCAUGGCGACAUUGAUUCAACUGCAGAAACACCACACUCAGCGAAGGAACAGCAGUGGGUUGAGUUUCUGCAAGAAUACUACAUGGUUGUGCAUGAAGGUGCAUCGAUCAGGGGUAGCGGUGUGUUUGUGGAGCGCUGCCAGGCCAUGUUAAUCAGACUGCAGGAAGUUUGCCCUCAGCUUGAUACUGAUGGACUAAACAACAUCUGGAUCAUCAAACCAGGUGCCAAGUCAAGAGGACGAGGUAUAAUGUGCAUGAAUCGCAUGGAAGAGAUUUUGGCACUCGUGGACAGUGACAGAGCCCUGAGUAAGGAGAGCAAGUGGGUUAUUCAGAAAUACCUGGAGCGUCCUCUGUUGGUCCAUGGCACCAAGUUUGACCUCCGCCAGUGGUUCCUGGUCACGGACUGGAACCCCCUGACUAUCUGGUUCUACAGAGAGUGCUACCUGCGGUUCUCCACUCAGCCCUACUCCACAAAGACUCUGGACAGCUCAGUCCACCUGUGCAACAACUCCAUCCAGAAGCACUUCCAGCCGUCCUGUGAGCGCCACCCAGGGGUUCCUGAGGAUAACAUGUGGUCCUGCUCUCAGUUCAAGGCUUUUCUGCAGUUGCAGGGCCUUGGGGCAGAGUGGGAGUCAAUUGUGGUCCCGGGCAUGAAGCAAGCGGUGGUCCGUGUCCUGCAGACAUCCCAGGACCUCGUAGAGCCCCGCAAAGCGAGCUUCGAGCUCUAUGGAGCCGACUUUAUGCUGGGCAGUGAUCUGAGGCCUUGGCUUCUGGAGAUCAACGCCAGUCCGACCAUGUCCUGCUCCACCGCUGUGACCGCCCGCCUCUGCCCUGCUGUGCAGCUGGACACACUGAGGGUGGUGCUCGACAGACGCACUGAUCCUAGUGCUUACACAGGAGGAUUUCAGCUAAUAUUCAAACAGGCUGCAGUAGAAGUUCCCCAGUAUGUAGGAGUAAACCUGGUGGUGGAAGGAGCCCCCAUAAGGCGAUCCAGAUCUCUACUUCAUAGACAAACUGUUAUUUCUAAGCCACCGCUCACCAUGCAGCUCCCUCCACACCAGUCUUCAGAAGAGGUUGAAACGACACAUAUACCGGUAUCAGGUCCGAGGUCCUGUGCAGUCUCUGCUUUCUGUCUUUCAGGCAAAGAGAACCGAGCUGCUGGAGAGAAAAAGAGGCAGCUGACAUCAACAUCUCCUAAAAGGGAAUGCGAAGGGAGGAAAGAUGUUCAGAAUACCUCCUGUGUUCGCACGUUGGGUCGCAGUCUGGCAAGUCAAAUGCCCCUGGUGGUACACACUGAACCUCAGAGGAAAGCGCGACGGUUGGGUUUGAGUAUUGGUGCCAACGGGGAAACUCUGGUCCCACGGAGCUUCUCCUUUUCCCCCCCUCACAACAUGUCAGAUUGCAAAUCCCGGGCCAACCAAGGCCAUGGAUCACACAUGACUAGAUCUUUUCUUCCACAGACAGCUUUUGAUCCUCAACACAGGACUCCUAUCCGGGUGUUUCCUUCCCUCCGCAGUCCCCUUCCUACCCUGGAGGUCUUAAGCAUGCGACCUAACAUAGUGGCUGGAAACACAGCCUAUCGUAAUCCAAACUUGUCCUCUCAUCUCAGCGUCCACAGUCUUCAGUUAUUCCUCUGCUCUCGAAGGCAAAGCAUGGCUACAUUUAAAGGGCAGUGCACAGGGGAACAUAAACAUUGA